AUGACUGGAGGUGAUGCCGAGAAGACUGCAGUAUAUAUCUUGGUCCGCAACUCAGAGGGUAAAUCUAGAAACCGAAAUCCUUUCUCCUGCGUCAAGUUCGUAUCGUUUUCAUCUUCGGUUGCAUAUGCAGACGCAUACGCAGAGGACGGCGGUGUCUCGAAGGUAGGAUUCGUGGACAACUUCAUCCGUUGCAUCUGUGCCGAUAAGUUCGCUGUCGACGAGGAAGCUGUAGCAACUGCAGCUCGAGGUCCCGCCACUCCUCUUCUUCCGCGUGCCAUGGCUUUUCAGGUGGCAGCUAGUUCUAGUGUUGGCACAAAGAUUGGAGAAGUUAAGAUGAAUGGAAGAGUAAGAUAUAAUUCAUUAGAUAUGAGAGAAAGCUAUAGGAGCGUACGAAGGUUUCGUCAAGAUGAAUUCGACUCGCGGGCGAAGAUGUCGAGGUGCAACGGGACCGAAUUGCUAUGGGCAGGCACUCCGAAAAGUACCCGCCUAGCAUCCAAUUCUUUGGCAAGCCAUGUUCGUCUCCUCAGUUUGUACAACUUUACGUCCAGGGAAGUGGUGCGGACGUAA